CUAUAGGAAUUUGUAUAUAUUUGGCUGAUUCAUUUGUUGGCAUCUAUUCUUAAACCAUGUGGUUGCCCCGUUAACAGUUAAUGACGUUUUAGUGCAUGCUCAACAAUAUAUGCCAAAAGUGUAAUGAAGUUUUAACAAGGUUAAGGUUGCGAACCAAAAGUGAAGCGAGCUCUCCGCGCCACCUUCCGUUCUUCUCUCUGGAUCACCUCCGCCCUCACGAGAUCAAAAGGUGCAGAAGACGAUGCCGAGACUCGACAACGAGCGGCAGCGGAAGAAGGCCACCCGGCGGAUUCGCCUUUUGCGUGUUCCCCCUUGCAUUGCGUUCGUCCUCUUCUUUAGAGCAGGAAAGCUCGACAGAGGUCUGGUCGGCUGCUUUCUCCAUUGUCGUCUCGGCUUCUUCUUCUUCUUCUUCUUCUUGGCGAAAGGUGUCGGCUUUGGCGGCGGAUUGGUAGAUAGGACGGCGGAAGAUAGAUUAGCGGAGUAAUGGAGUCGAUGGUGAGAAGCAGGGGCGUGAACCCCAUCAUCAUCAAGCUUGGCGUCCCAAUCGGUCUCACCUUCGCAGGUUUCAUCGUCGCCCAGCUCUCGUCUCGCGCCCGACCGCGCGUUCCCUCUCCUGCUGCUUCCACCCAUCGUUAUUCUUCAGGUGCCCUGUCGCAAGCCACCGGGAGGUCAAGCGUUGGUCUCAAAGAACUUCGACUUCUAAAAGGCAAAGCGGCUUUGGCGACGAUCGUCAACGGCACUUCGACCACCACCGCGCUGCGUUUGGCUCCGACCAAGACGAGCUCCGGCGACGACGAGUGCGAUCACACGGUGAAAGAUCUGGAAGCCUCCCGGCCCAAGAACCCGGCGAUCGAAGAGGACAGUGCGACGGAGCAAGAGAUCGCAAGCCUUCGGAGAUUGGUUUGCUCCCUCCAAGAGAACGAGAGGAGCCUGGAGCUCCAACUGCUGGAGUAUUACGGAAUGCAAGAGCAGGCGGCCGCCGUGAGAGAUCUCGAGCGCCAACUGCAGAUGAGCUCGACUGAAGCAAGGUUGUCCUCUUUAAGGAUCGAGUCGUUGCAGUCCGACAACCAGAGGCUCGAAGCUCAGCUCGCGGAUCUUCCGAGAGUGAUGAACGAGCUCGAGUCUGCGAGAGCGACGAUCAGGCUUCUGAAGAAGAAGUCGCGAUCGGAUGCAGAGCAGGCGGCGGAGAGAACAGCUUCCCUUCAUCAAAGGAUCAGCCAAUUGCAGCGUCAGAACAACGAGGAGACGGAGGGAAAGCUGAAGAGGCUGGCGGAGCUGGAAGAUGAAGCCGCACAACUCAAACUGGUCAACUCGAGUCUAACGGAGCAGAACUCUGACCUGACGAGAAAGCUGGAGUCAGCACAAGCUUCUGCAUCAUCUGCACUUGAGGCUCAAGAGUUGCAGGCAGAUGCAUUGGAGAAAGCCAACUUCUUGAAGGUAGCAAACGAGAAACUGGUGAAGGACAUCGAACAGCUCAAAACCGAAAAGGCCGCCGACGUCGAAGAACUGGUGUACCUUCGAUGGGUCAAUGCAUGCCUUAGGUACGAGCUGAAGAACUACAAGCAGAAAUCAGCGGCGAAGGAUCUCAGCAAGAGCUCGAGUCCCGAGUCCGAGGAGAAGCCAAAGCUGCACAUGAUGGAGUACGCAGACUCCGGUAUCGAUGAGAAAACCUCGAGUUUCGUAGACUUUGACUCGGAGCAUUCUUUUUCUUCACAAACAUCCACUGAAGAAUCUGAAGACGCUGCGAUCGAAGUCAUCUCCUCAACCAGACAUGGAAAUUCCAAGAAAAUGAAGUUUAUCGGCAAGCUUAAGAAGCUGGUGUUGGGAAAACAAACCCAUAGUAGCAGAUCUUUCGCAUAAUUCUGAAGAAAGAGCA